AUGAAUAAAUAUAUAAUACUAUUAUUUUUUAUAAAAUAUAUUUUCGGUUUAAAAGCACUUGAACACUAAUGUAUCCAUGAUGAAAUGUAUUAAAGCUACUAAUAAGAAUCAUUCCCCUCUGAUGAUUAAAUUUCAGAUAGCCGUAAUUUACAAAAUAAAAAAGCCCGUAAUAUGGUUAUAACUUACGAUAUGUCUUAUUUCUAAAGAUUAGCUUAAAAUUAAUAAAAUAAAUAGUUAAUCGAUAUUUGUGAGAAAGCUAUAAAAUUAGCAAAUAGUUAUUUUUCUCAAUUAAUAAAAAUAAUCCCAAAAUCUGAAUUGGAUAUGAGAUAUAAACCUACUAGUUUUACAAAAUGUGGAGAAUUCGAAAUUCCUUAAAAAGACAAAGUUAAGGGAAAAGAAUCUGAUUUACAUAUAUAUGUAUAAUAUAAAAAUGAACCAUAAUAAUCGUAUAUGGCCUAUGCUAAUAGGUGUUAAUUUAUUGAACGUCUAGGACCUACACAUGGUUAAGUUACUUUCAAUUUUAGCAAAUUAGAAACUAAAGAUUUGAAUGAUCCAAUUUAAUUUAAAGAUUUAAUGUAAAUUGUUAUCCAUGAAAUGACUCAUAUUUUGGGCUUUAGUUAUGCAGAUAUACCAAAAUGGGUAAAUUCUGAAAAAAAUCAUCAUACUGAACCGACUAUUUAAUAAAAAUUAAGGGGAAUUGAUACUUUAUUUCUCAAAACUCCUCACGUUUUAUAGUUUGCUCGAAGAUAUUUUAAUUGUCCUACCUUAGUUGGUAUGCCUCUUGAAAAUUUAGGAGAAAAUUCUUCUAAAAAUUCUCAUUGGAAAACCACAGUCAUCGAAAACGAAUACAUGAAUGCAUCUGUAUCAACUACUUAGGCAUAUUUUAGUGGUUUUACAGCCAAUCUUUUAAGAGACACAGGUUUCUAUGCGGAAAUAAAAGAAUCUAUGGAGGAAUAAAUAUACUACGGGAAAGGAGCAGGCUGUCAACACGUCACUGGUUAAUGUGAUUCAAAUAAAAGAGAAUAUUGUAAUCCUAAAACUGACGAUGGAUUAUGUGAUUAUUAUCAUCUUGCAUCUUCAGAAUGUAAACUUGGCUAAUUUAAUGAACCUAAUUGCAAUACUUUUUAAAUCUUCCAUAAUGCAAAAUGCUGGGAUGUUAACAGUAAUUUGAAUAAAUAAGGAGCUCAGAAUGUGAUUGGAGUCAAAUUUGGGAAUGAUUCGAGAUGUUUUAAUUCUUCUCUACGUAUUAACGAGUAUAAAUCAUAAAAAGCUACAACAUAAAUAUCAGGAGAAUGCUAUAAAUAUGAAUGUAAUUCUAAUGGAACAUAAGUGAGUAUUUACGUAGGAAAAACCAAAGUUAAAGUUGUUUGUACUAAAAAUUUAGAAAAAAUGACAGUUAAAGGAUAUUAAGGAACUAUUGUAUGUCCUGAAAAUAUAAACUAUUUUUGUGGGUUUAAAAAAUUUUGUCCGAAUUUCUGUAGUGCAAACGGAUUUUGUCUAAAUAAUAAGUGUAAUUGUGCUAAUAAAUACAUUGGAAAUGAUUGUAGUUUUAAAAUUCCUAUUUGA